GGAUCUCUUAAUGGGUUCUUUAUUAUGUCGUCACAACCGGAAAAAGAGGCCGUGUGGAAUCAAGUUUACAACAGUGACUCGCACAUUUUAAUAACAUAUGCUGGAGGUGCUCUGGAUUACCUCCCAUCAGUAGACUGUCCUGUUACCACCACCAGGUUUGAAGUGAGCAUGUCCAGGUCUACAGCUCUGUCUGAUGACAUCCUUCUGAACACAGUGGAGCUGAAACUAAAGGAUAUCGAUGACACUACUGUUAUUCAACAUUACCACAUCAUGGGGAGUGUAAGGGAUCCCAGUUUCCACUUGCUGAUUGACAACUUUCUCACGUGGACAAGUGAUCCCAAACGAGGCUUAAGCACAGUGGUAGCAGAAUCUGUGGAGGAGUUUCGUCUCUUGGUGCUUCUGCUUAACAUCGCCAGCAGGCUGGGGGACGAUGGUAGGGUGGACGUCAUCAACAACGUGCGACAGCUUUACACACGUCUUGGAGGUCCGCCAUUCACAGAGACUGACGUGAGAUUCUGUCUUGAGUUCUCUCAGCGGAGGAUGAAGACACUUGGAGUUUACGCCAAUUCCUGAUGUCAUAUCUAGACAAAAGCACCUCUGGCUAUAUACAGAGAGGCUACGCUUAUCUCAACAUGUGCCCAGACUUGUGUCAAUUUACAAUACUAUUCGCUGCAAAGUCACACUGAUAUUUGUUUCCAAUUCUCAAAGCAAGAUGUCAAAUACAGAAAAGAGUGCGAAUUUCAUACUUCACAUGCAAUGUGUCAGCUACAUAUUGACGUGAUCAGUAUACAGAUAAUUACACCAGUCGACAAAGGUCGGUAUUAGCAACAUAUCACAGAUUGAAGACUAAAUGACACCAGUUCAAUGCUAAACCCAUCCACAAUUUCUUAUAUCAAAAUUAUACUCUUUGCCUUGUAUUUGUUUGUUGCUUAACGCCGC